AUGUCUAAGCGGUUUAAUUAUAUAAACGAGCUAAGCGACGGCAGUUCCUCAGACGUACAUGAUGCUGAUGCUCGUAACGAGUUUGAGACACUGUCCAAAAAAUUUCGCUUGGAGAAUAUCGAAAAAGAAACAAGUGAUGAAUACAGUUUAGAAUCAAGCGAGCAAGAGGAGGGAGGUAAUGUGGUCUUCCAGUACGGCAAAGAAAUCGGAUAUUUACGCAAGUUGUCAAGUUCUGAGACUGAGCAAGUAUAUACCAGCUGUAGCAGUUCUUCUAGCGGAAACGAAACAGAUCAAAAUUAUUCAAGUGGUACGUAUUAUUAAAUCUAUAUCACCUGAACGUAUUGAAGUUAUGAAAUAUUCGAAUCAGUAAUACGCUUUGAUAUUUAUAAUACAGUAUUCGUGACAUCAAGGGCGAGCUUUGAGCUUUCUUGUUCGUAUUUCCUUCCUUAGUUUUGUUGCAGCUGACAAUGCAUGUGUGAAAAUAUUGCCACAUCAGAAUAUCAUAUUUUUAAUACUCGACACUGAAGCCGAAUUCACUUCAACUGGAAAGUAUUAAAAAUAUACAAUGUUUAUAUAUCAGUAUACACGCACAGUUUACAUGCAUAAAACUCGAACCUGUUUUGCGGUUUAAAAGUAAAAGCCCCUGAAGGUGUUGAUACUCGUGUGUAUUUAUAUUUAAAGUGCCCGUAACCCCAAAAUUGAUUUCAGCUUAAGUAAAAGUAUGGUAGGAGUGUAGUAGUUUCGCAAAAACUUUUGCUUUUGAGUAAAAAAACAAAAUUUUAGAGCCACUUGAACUCACAGAUAUUAGGAUUUUACUUGGCACAUGGCCUUCGGAAUAUCUAACUGCUUGAAGUCUGGAACAAGCAUUAUUUGUGACGUCACGCUAUUUAGUUGUGGUUUCAGCAAGAGCGCAUUUGUAUGUAAAUUUCAUUAUAACAAAACACUCCACGGAACGUUGGCCAAUACGAUAGGACUUUGGAAAUAUGCAACUUGUUGUACAAGUAUACCACUAAAGAGCACGCUUCCUUAUUCGAAAAUAUUGAUUCUUAAAGUUUGCAGUUUGCCUGGCAGUUCGCGCGACAUUAAUAACUAUCGUAUUAAAUUGCAACGGAAUUUAAAUUGGGCUAUACAUAGAUGUUACAUUACAUAUUUAUUAUGUUAUGUAAGUGUAUGUUCUAAAACGCAUUCGCUGUUUUCUUUGCAGUGGAAAUAUCGUAAAGUGUCACUAUACUGCCAUUUGAUAUGUGCUGGUGAGUACAAAGUAUGCGCUGCCCGCUCUAAUUGUAAGAAAUAUAUGUGCACUUCGCAGAUUCAACACUUUCCCCUUGAAACACAAUGACUAACAUACUACAGGUUUACAGUUGUGACACCUAUAGUGAACUUUGUAGCCCCAGAAAUGACAGAAUAGCGCACCAAAUUGUCAUAAGAUUGUAAUUGCAAAUUGUCUUGUCAUAUGAUCAUGAUUGUAUAUAAAUAUUGCUGCAGCAACAACUUAAGAGCAUAACACAAUAUAUUUUAUCCUUGGUGGACCGAUCACUGAGCGUAGUAGAAACUGUGGCAAAGUUUCAUAAAAUUGAAUCGCAAAAUGUAUUUACUGUGUAUCACUGUAUUUACUUAUUUAGUAAUAAAUUCAGUAACUCGCGUGUGACAUCACAAAUUGUGCAAAACCCAGACUCCUGUACCCGACGUCCAUUGACCAAACAAUUCAUAAUUCAAGUGGCUCUAAAUUUUUUGCUUUUCAACCAAACGCAAACAUUUUUCGCAAAACUGUUCCACUGGUAGUAUAUUUUUAACAAGCUGAAAAUCAAUUUUGGGGUUACGGAUACUAGAUAUAGCUAAAUAAUUGAUUACAAAAAGCGUAGCAGAUUGCAUGUAGCCUAUUUGUGUUAUAUUUUUAAAUUUGCACCAAUCGUUCUAAUUUCAGCUUGUUUUUGGUUGCACCUCAUACUUAUAGUUAUAUUACAGUAAGCAACAAGUAAAAACUAAAAAAUCUAGACUGAAAAACUUAUGCUUUUUCUUAACAACGGGGUAGCAUGCAGUCGAAGGAUGAAAAUUUAAUAUAUUUUUAUCGUCUUAGUCGCAUGAGCUUUUUAUAUGAAGUGUUUUGUAUAAGUAAGCAUAAGGUUGAAUUCUCCACAAAUAUAAAAGGCCAUAUUGGCGUAUUUUAGGCCGAGAAUGUUGCGAAAUUUAUCAAAAUAAUAUAAAUUGAAUCCCAAUUCGCAAAUUACUGAACUAAAAAGACAUAAAAUUACGAUGCAUCCUUGCUGAGACAUCCCGGUGCUAAGGAAAAGCAGAACUGACCAAUCAGCUUCGAUUUUGGUUAAUAGCCUUUUAACGACCAAAGUAAACCUUUGAAUGUACCAAAAUGGCGCCCAAUUACGCGUAGUGACGUCAUGUGCGAACGAAGAAUUGUUGAAAAAUUCAGCCCUAAAUUGUAAAUUUUUCUCUUGCAAAAACACAGUAGGGUGUCACUUUCAGCUGAAUUAUAUAUGAAACAUUACGUCGAGAAUUCAGGUCUUGUUAGACCAAUUUCAAAAGGGCAGUGUCACGACAUUGAUAUCAGAUACGUUGAUAUACAUUAGUACUUCGGAGAUCAACCUAUUAGGUAUCGCUAUGGACCACAAGUUAAAAUUUAUCAAACACAUCAGAUGUAUGUAGCAAAGAGGCGAAAAAGUAGGCAUACUCACGAAGUUGAGAAAGUUAAUACCCAUGUACUGAAGCGAAAUUAAGCAGAUAUGUUAGCAGAUUAUAGCAGAUAUCACUAAUAAUUGCUUAUAUGAAAUAAUUAAUAUCCUUAAUAGUCUUAUUGACUAUAAGUAUUAUAGUAAUUUAUUAUACAUUUAAUAUGUAUUCUCGUUUCUAAUUGGUCAGAAAGCACUGGCUAAUUUUCAGUAUUCGGCAUUUAUUACGUAUUUUCCGCCGAUGACGUCAUCAGCGUCCAAUAAUUGUUUUUUUGGAUCGAACUUGCAUCCAAAAAAAAAUAUUAUUGGACUCUCUCGUGCCCAAACCCUUGCGCGGCCAAAAGCUUGAACCUAUAAGCGCGGGAAAACAAACAAACAAUGGCCGACAGCAGAUUUGCUUCGCUGAAUGAAAGUGAACUCUCCAAAUUAUUGGCAGAUAAGGAUACUGAAAGCACGAAAAAAGCUACAAAGGGGUAAAUAGAAGUAGAAAUAUAAUAUUUAGCUGACCUUUGACUUUGUGCAAGAUGUUUGAUAUUCAAAUUGUACUUUUCCUACCUCAUGAACAGGAAUCGUUUUAUACGUUUCUCAUGUCUUUAAAUGUAUAAUAAAACAAUUAUUGGAUUCUGCUUUCGCAUGAUAUCAAGAAUUAUUCAGACCUCGGUCUAUGUUAUCCGCCUCAGCUUCGCUUCGGCAAAUAACAUUGACCUUGGUCUGAAUAAUUCUUGAUAUCAUGCUCAGCCUCAUCCAAUAAUUGCUUAAUAGUCAGAUGUCCCCAAUUAGUUUCUAAUAAACCAGCACAACCGACACAUAAAUAAAGUUUUAAUUUUUCAAUCAAUCGAUUGAUUUUAUUUUCCAGAAAAACGAAGCGUUGGUGAACCAUAUUAUAUACGUAACCAUAGUGAUCGUAAUAAUUAUCAUGAUGGUGAUAUUGACAAUAGAGAUUAUGACAAUACUGAUGACUGCGAAAAUGACACUGACAACAGUGGUGAUGAUGUUAACUUUGAUGGUGAUAGCAUUGAUGAUGAUAAUGGUCGUGCUGGUGGUGAUGAUGGUUAUGGUUAUGACGGCGCUGUUGAUGACGGUGGUGAUGACGGUGGAAGUGAAAAUUAUGGUGGUGGUGGUGGUGAUAGUAGUGGUAAUGAGGAUGAUGAUGAAGAUGAUGACGAUGAUGACCUUGCCCACGAUGAUGAUGAAAGCAACGAUAACGAUAGCGACGAGGAUCAAAACUCUGAAGUUCCACUCUACGAUGGUUCUCCAGUCUCAUGCGACGAAUUUCGCAGCACUUUAUUGGCCUUGCAACAGAAGCACAACUUUUCAUCGGCAGCUACAAACAGUAUUCUGAAACUAUUUCAAAUCACACUUCCUACAGGAAACAAAUGUCCAACUUCAAACUAUAAACUAGAAACUGAAUUUAGCAAACUUUCGUAUACUUUUAAGAAAACGUCCACUUGCCUAAAAUGUCAACACAUCCUGGACGAAGACAGUUUGUGCACAAAUACAGAAUGCUGUAAAUACGAAAAUGCUGGACUUGGCGAGAAUUCUAGUGUAUUUUACAUAAUUAACCUCUGGUUCAAGAGAUAA